AUGGCAUUAAGAAACUAUAUGUAUUAUAAACAUGAAGAUGAAUUAAAAGAUAAGAUAGCACAUGGGUUAACUUCAUCAACUUUAACAAAUUCAACACCAAGAAUUAUUGAUUCUUCAAUAAAUAUAAUUAAUAAAGCUAAAAAAUUAACACCUACACAAAUUAAAAAAUUGGAAAGAUUAAAAUUAGAAGAAGAAUAUAGAAGAAAUGAUGAUGAUGAUAAAGAGAAUCAAGAGCAUAAAUGA